AUGAACUACGUGUCCAACACCCCCGGCCACAACCGGUUUUUGAGGGCCCUGGCCUUCUUCCGCCUGCCCGUGGACAUGGACGCCGAGGACCUGGACGCUGUGGAGAUGUACCCGCACAUCAAGCCGUCUGGCAAGACACAUAACGCCGACUUUGUGGCCAAGUACUGCCAGGACUUUGAGGAGGCGUUUGCCGACUCGCGCAUGCUGCAAUACGAGACCUCUGCCAUGAUUGGCUACAAGCACUUUAGUAUGCCUGUGACGUCCAUAUUGAACUGUGAUGUGGUCAUGAACAUUAUGCAUAUACUGCGAUGCGAGGAGCUCACAUAG